AUGUUCAGACGGACUAUGAAAAAACUAGCAUUCGUUGAACAGCUCCGUAUGAAUGAAGAAAGCAUUGCAAUUACUACUGACUUCGCCUUCUUAUACCUUCCAACAGGAGCGGUGUCUGAAGGGAUCCUGGCACAAAUAUAUCCAGCUAUGCAAACUGUGUGUCCGGCUUUGCUGCUCAACGGACCUAUUUGUGCAAUGUAUAUGCUUCUUUUCACCGGCGCUGAUAGCCCAAGUGUUCUGAGCUACAUUAUGGGUCUUUUCAUGUCAUCGUUUACGAUAUUUUCUCCAGCAAUUGUUCUUGUGUUUAUGAAGGACUAUAGGAAUUAUAUUCUCAUUGCACUACGCCUCAGGAAACCUAGUCAGAUUACGAAAGUGACGGCUAGCGAGCCAAGAUCGGCUCGAUGA